AUGUCGACCGUGUACAGUGCGGCGCUGAAGCGCGACGCUGCCGCCGGCAAGAAGCGUGCUUCUGAGAAUGAUGCCGAAGGCACCCAGACGCGCCGGAAUAAGCAGCGUGUGCUUGUGCUGCCCUCGCGCGGCGUGACCACGCGCAUGCGCCAUCUCGUGAACGACGUCGAGGCACUCCUCCCCCAUGCCAAGAAAGAAUCCAAGCUGGACUCCAAGUCGGAUCUCUCGAUUCUCAACGAGCUUGCGGAGCUCAACAACUGCAACAACUGUAUGUACUUUGAGUCGCGGAGGCACGAGGAUCUCUACCUGUGGCUCUCCAAGACGCCCAACGGCCCGUCUGCCAAGCUCCAAGUGCAAAACAUCCACACGAUGGACGAGCUGAAGAUGACGGGAAACUGCCUCAAGGGCUCGCGCCAUAUCCUCAGCUUUGACGCUGCGUUUGACUCGGAGCCGCACUGGAAGCUCCUGAGGGAGAUGCUCACGCAAAUGUUUGCCGUGCCGCGCACCGCGCGCCGUGCGAAGCCGUUUGUGGACCAUGUGAUCUCGUUCAGCAUCCUCGACAACAAGAUCUGGUUCCGCAACUACCAAGUGAUUGAAAAGGACCCCGGCGCAAAUGCCGCUGCCGAGGCGGUCGGCGAGGAGAAGAAGCACAAGCGUGCCGACAAGGGUGCCGUGCCCGAGCCGACGCUCGUCGAGAUCGGCCCCCGUAUGGUCCUCACCCCCAUCCGCGUCUUUGAGGGCUCGUUCGGUGGCCCGACCAUCUUUGACAACCCCGAGUACAUCUCGCCGGCCGCGCUCCGCCGUGCGUCGCGCGGAGCCAAGGGCAGCGCAUACACCAACAAGGUGACGCAGGUGCAGAGCCAGCGCGCCAAGCGCGACAAGUACAAGGGCGAGGAGGGCGAGCUGAGUCGUUCCAAGGUAUUCUCGUAG